CCCCACGACUCUCGUAUCGUCGCUAAAAAUGAAUUCAGACUCGGAGAAAGAGCGAUGAAAACUGCUAUUCAGCUAAUCGAUGAUCUUGUACUGGAGUACAACAGAAGACCUAUUGAGAUGGAGUGUGUUUCGCGGCUACCAACGCUGGUGCUUGUCACUGCUGUUUCAAGCAACCACUUCAAUGAACUUCUAGAACAUAUCACUCCCGGUGACAAGAUACGACCUCACAAAAAAAUAGUCGUUUAUGACCUAGGACUGAAUCAGCAGGAAAUUGAUCAACUCACCAAGAUGUCUUAUGUCGACUACAGAAAAUUCAAGUUUUCUCGCUUUCCCGAACACGUGAAAAAUCUACGUACGUAUGCAUUUAAACCUCUUAUCAUCGUAGAGACGCUUGCUCAAUUUGGCGCUGUAAUGUGGAUGGAUUCUUCAGUAAUCCUCAAACAGCACAGCAAAUAUGCCCACCUUCUAGAGUGGAUGAUCAAGCGGAAAUCAGCGUUUUUGUACUACGUUUCACCAAGUCGCCAUUCUAUCGUGUUUGCUACUCAUGAACGCAUGCUCGACUAUUUACCAAUGCGGGGAGCGAAAGAAUCGAACGCAAAAAUGCAACAAGCAACCGGAAUGAUUUUAUUUAACACAGAGCACGUGCUAAAGCAUGUAAUGAAAUGGGUCGUUUUCUGCUCGCUUCUUGAAGACUGUAUCACACCUAAGGGAUCUCAAUUAGAGUGUAAUUUUCAUUUGCCCGAUGAUGUAUUUGGAGGAUGCCACCGUUACGAUCAAUCGUUGUUUGCAGUUCUUGUAUCCAAUGCUUAUAAAGAUGAAAUGCGAAGGUAUUGUUUA